AAUAUGAUUAGCAUUUAUUCUUGACUAUGGAAUUGGAAAAUCUUGAAAACGACGUCGUUAGUUGUUGUAACCCUAACAGUUAAUCAAUUGGAGCGAACUGGUUGGAAGAUUUCAGUGGCGCGCCUCCGGCUCCAACGAGAAGAGAAGUAAGAGAAUGGAAUCCAUUGAUAUGGAUGUCGAGGAUCACGUCAAUGCUGAUUCCACUUCAAAUUCCAGCUCCUUCAAGCGCUUUGGACUCAAGAAUUCCAUUCAAACCAACUUCGGUGAUGAUUACGUUUUUCAUAUCGCCCCCAAUGUGGAUUGGACGUCAAUGGCGGUGUCGUUAUCUUCCAAUGUUGUGAAGCUAUACUCGCCAGUCACUGGUCAGUACUAUGGAGAGUGCAGAGGUCACACUGGAACAAUUAAUCAAAUUUCCUUCUCUGUUCCCUCAACCCCUCAUGUUUUGCAUUCUUGUUCUUCUGAUGGAACUAUCAAAUCUUGGGAUAUCCGGACUUUUCAGCAGGUUUCAUCCAUUAGUGCUGGCCCUUCUCAGGAGAUCUUCAGCUUUGCCUAUGGAGGAUCAAAUACGAGUCUUCUUGCUGCGGGUUGUAAAUCUCAGAUUCUCUUUUGGGAUUGGAGGAACAGAAAGCAAGUCGCAUGCUUGGAGGACUCUCAUGUGGAAGAUGUCACUCAGGUUCACUUUGUUCCGGGCCAUCAAGGCAAGCUUGCUUCUGCUUCCGUGGAUGGGUUGGUUUGUAUAUUUGACACUAAUGGGGAUAUUGAUGAUGAUGAUCAUAUGGAUUCUGUCAUUAAUGUGGGAACUUCAGUUGGUAAGAUUGGAUUUUAUGGAGAAAAUUAUAGAAAGUUGUGGUGCUUGACUCACAUUGAAACUUUGAGCUUAUGGGACUGGACAGAUGGGAGAAAUGAAGCAGAUAUCACAGAUGCUCGCACACUAGCUUCCAACAGUUGGAUAAUGGGUCAUGUUGAUUAUUUAGUUGAUUGUCACUACUCAAAAGAAGGCUGUAGAUUGUGGGUCCUCGGGGGUACCAACGAUGGCACCGUAGGGUACUUCCCAAUCAACCUUUGUAACGGGAAAAAUGCAAUCGAAUCACCAGACGUUGUCCUUGAGGGUGGCCACAUUGGCGUCGUUAGAAGUGUCUUGCCCACGACAAACAUAUUGGGUGGAUUUUCACAGAGCCAAGGUGUGUUUGGAUGGACAGGUGGCGAAGAUGGGCGUUUAUGUUGUUGGUCUUCAGAUGAUUCUCAUGAAAUGAAUCGAUCCUGGAUUUCAAGCACACUAGUUAUCAAAUCGCCUGGUGGUCGGAGGAAAAAUAGACACCAACCUUACUAAAGAUCAACAAAUGUUUUUUGUGUGUUUGAUCAUGCAAUCUCACCAUGUUUCUGUAGCUGUAUUUAUCACAUCAUUUUACCUCCCAACCCCUCAAUUUGAUGUUUUUGACUUGUCUCUUUAUGGGAGUAUUAUAUGAAAAAUGGGUUAAAAUUA